UGCGCUGUGCAGGAUUGCUGUGUUCUGACCUCGUUCCCCUAUCAGUAGCGGCUGUGCUCUCUCCGUGGUAGGACCGUCGUCUGUGUCUCCUGUUCCAGGACCCCCCUGCCCCAGAUGCGGUUUACUUGGCGACUGAGAACCGGAAGCUCUGGCCACUCCCAACCACGUCCUCAUCUUCCUGGGUCCAAAUCUGCAUUCCGGGUCCAGCGCCUGUGAGCGCCAUAGGUGACGCUGGGGUUUGUUUGAACAGAGAAAUUGAAGACCAGAUCUGAAGUCUUUUGCAUCCUGCAGUGCCAACAUUUUCCUCAAGAGACUCUUGUGAUGAGAUGUGACGGGGACACUUGAAAAUUCAGUUCUUAAGUCCCACAUUGAGACUGCUAAGAUGUCAACAAAAGCUCCCAUAUACCUGAAAAGGGGAAGCCGCAAAGGAAAGCUGAGAGAUGUUUUGUCACCGGACAUGAUAAGUCCACCACUCGGAGACUUCAGACACACCAUUCACAUUGGCAGUGGGGAAGGAGAUAUUUUUGGGGAUGUUUCCUUUCUGCAGGGCAAAUUCCACCUCCUUCCUCGACUGCAUCCAGGGUCCACCUCCUCUUUGUUACCUGAUGCCACCCCACCACCGUCACAUUCAGACCUACCAUCACCUGUCCUAAAGAAUGCAAUCUCCCUUCCUGCAAUUGGAGAGCCACAAGCUCUCGCCCUCCUGCAAGCCCCACCACCAAAACCACCCCGGUUACACCUUGAUGAGAAGAGUAAGAGCCCAGUGAAGGAGAUAGACAGACCGCUGCAGGUGACUGCGGAUAAUGGCUUCACGGCAGAGGAAAGGGAAGAACGGUUUCUUGUUCAUGCUGGGUCUCUUCUUUCCCUUCAUGUGGAUUUGGGACCUUCCAUCUUGGAUGAUGUUUUGCAGAUCAUGAAAAAAGACUAGGUACCGGUGGACAAACAAUCUCAAGUAGUUUUAAGUCUCUAUGUUUAAACACUAAAAACAUUUUGGAAGUUAACUGUUUAACUACCACAGUGAAUAUAACCUAAACUACGCUGCCUUACAAUGGUUAAUAUGUGAAGUUUAAUCCUAAAAUGCUGUUUAGUGAUGCGGAGCAUCUCCAUGCACAUACUGUGCUAUAUUUUUGGACCUUUACUGGAAAUGGACAAUCUCAGUUGUAUGUGGACAGUGUUUACAUUCCAGCUAUGCAAUGAUAUGCCUUUGUGCAAUAGCCAAAACCUCUGUAGUUUUUAUGAAAUCCACCCUACAGGGAACUCAUAGUGCCUUCUUGCCAGAAAAUGACAAACGUACUUUAUUUUUAUUUCUUUUAUCUUUUUUUUUUUCUGGCCAAAAAUUGUAAAUUGUUCAUAAGACCAAAUACAGGAAAUUAUUUUCA